AUGCUUUCUCCAGAUGGAGAGAAGCCACCGACCCGCCCCCGGACACCGACACCGCCAAGGCGCCCGCGAGGCGAAGCGGGAGUUGAGUGUGACCUCGGCUUUUCCAGUCUCCGCUCAAACCCAGUUCCCUGCAAACUGACAGGAAUAAGCUUGGGGCGAGGGUGGGGGUCUCCGUCGCCCUCCCGGGCUCAGUUCCCCCUCACCUUGACGAGACUGCGCUUUGAAGGACUGCGCCUCUCGGAGGCGGGGGGGCGCUCAGUUGUCUGCAGUCGAAGCUGGCAGGUGCCCUGGCUCUUGGCUGUGGGCUGGCUCCUGGGGACAAACGCCAGAAGCCACACCCUAGUGCUGACAGACAAGCUGGGAGGUGGCUGGCUCAGGGGCGUUCCGACUUCUGGGGCGGAGAUGGAGGUAGGAGUUUUGCCCCCUCCCGGGCUUGGCUGUGAGGGAGACUCCUUCGAUGUUGGACCCUAUGGCUUUCUGGACGGGACCCUGGUGGCUGGUGACACGGACGCUCCUUACGCUGUCUGGUCUCCUGCAGAUGCUGUUGUGGCUGGCUUCUUCCGUAAGUCAAAGGCCUGGAUCUCCAGCGGGGAGUUAACGCCACCGUGGACCCGUGUAGCCCUGAGGGUCCUUGCUGGUGUCUUAUUUUGACCAAGUGACCUUGCCUUUCAGGCCACAGCAGAGAAGUCUCCUGGAGCCUACUUCCUUCCUGAGUUUGCACUUUCUCCUCAGGGAAGCUUCCUUGAAGACACCACAGGGGAACAGUUUCUCACCUAUCGCUACGAUGACCAGACCUCAAGAAACGCUCAUUCGGAGGAAGACAAAGAUGGAAACUGGGACGCUUGGGGCGACUGGAGCGGCUGCUCCCGGACCUGUGGGGGAGGAGCCUCCUACUCUUUGCGGAGAUGUCUGACUGGAAGGAACUGUGAAGGACAGAACAUCAGAUACAAGACAUGCAGCAAUCAUGACUGCCCAGCUGAUUCGGAAGACUUCAGGGCCCAGCAGUGCUCAGCGUACAAUGAUGUGCAGUACCAGGGCCAUUACUAUGAAUGGGUUCCUCUGUACAACGACCCCACCGCCCCAUGCGCGCUCAAGUGCCACGCUCGGGGGCAGAGUGUGGUGGUGGAGCUGGCUCCCAAAGUGUUGGAUGGAACUCGCUGCAACGCUGACUCGCUGGAUAUGUGCAUAAGUGGCAUCUGCCAGGCCGUGGGCUGUGAUAGACAGCUGGGAAGCGAUGCCAAGGAGGACAACUGUGGGGUGUGUGCCGGCGACGGCUCCACCUGCAGGCUGGUGCGGGGCCAGGCCAAGAUGCACCUGUCUCCUGAGAAAAGGGAAGAAAAUGUGAUUGCUGUUCCCUUGGGCAGUCGAAGUGUGAGAAUUACUGUGAAAGGACCUGCCCGGCUCUUUAUUGAGUCAAAGACACUUCAAGGAAGCAGAGGAGAGCACAACUUCAACAGUCCUGGGAUUUUUGUUGUAGAGAACACAACGAUUGAGUUUCAAAAAGGUGCUGAGAGACAAACCUUGAAGAUCCCGGGACCCCUGAUGGCUGAUUUCAUCUUCAAGACCAGGUACACGGUGGCCAAAAGCAGCGUGGUCCACUUCUUCUUUUACCAGCCCAUCAGCCAUCAGUGGAGACAGACUGACUUCUUCCCCUGCACCGUGACAUGCGGAGGAGGUUAUCAGCUCAACUCUGCGGAAUGCAUGGAUAUCCGCCUGAAAAGGGUGGUCCCUGACCACUAUUGCCAUUACUACCCAGAGAAUGUGAAGCCCAAACCAAAGCUGAAGGAAUGCAGCAUGGAUCCUUGCCCAUCGAGUGACGGCUUUAAAGAGAUUAUGCCCUAUGACCACUUCCAACCUCUCCCUCGCUGGGAACACAAUCCUUGGACUGCAUGUUCGGUGUCCUGCGGAGGAGGGAUUCAGAGACGGAGCUUUGUGUGUGUAGAGGAAUCUAUGCAUGCAGAGAUACUACAAGUGGAAGAAUGGAAGUGCAUGUAUGCACCCAAGCCCAAGGUGAUGCAGACUUGCAACCUGUUUGAUUGCCCCAAGUGGGUUGCCAUGGAGUGGUCUCAGUGCACGGUGACUUGCGGCCGAGGGUUGCGCUACCGAGUGGUUCUUUGUAUCAACCAUCGUGGGCAGCACGUCGGGGGCUGCAACCCGCAGAUGAAGCUUCACAUCAAAGAGGAGUGUGUCAUCCCCACUCCAUGCUAUAAGCCUAAAGAAAAAAGUCCAGUGGAAGCUAAAUUGCCUUGGCUGAAACAAGCGCAAGAGCUAGAAGAGACCAGAAUAGCCACAGAAGAACCAAAGUUCAUCCCGGAGCCCUGGUCGGCCUGCAGCACCACGUGUGGGCCCGGCACCCAGGUGCGUGAGGUGAGGUGUCGCGUGCUCCUCACGUUCACACAGACGGACACCGAGCUCCCCGAGGAGGAGUGCGAAGGCCCCAAGCCCCCCACCGAGCGACCCUGCCUCCUUGAUGCCUGCAGUGACCAGAGCCCUGUGUCUCGAGAGAAGGGUGGCCCUCUCCAGGGAAAGGACAGUGAGAUCACCUACGACUGGGAGUAUGCUGGCUUCACCCCCUGCACUGCGACAUGUUUGGGAGGCCAUCAAGAAGCCAUAGCUGUGUGCUUACACAUCCAGACCCAGCAGACAGUCAAUGAUAGCCUGUGUGACAUGAUUCACCGCCCUCCUGCGAUGAGUCAGGCCUGUAACACGGAGCCCUGCCCGCCCAGAUGGCACAUGGGCUCUUGGGGACCCUGCUCAGCUCCGUGUGGUGUUGGAAUCCAGACCCGAGAUGUAUACUGCCUCCAUCCUGAGGAAUCACCAGCCGCUCCGGAGGAAUGUAGAGAGGAGAAGCCUCAUGCCUUACGAGCCUGCAAUCAGUUUGACUGCCCUCCUAGCUGGUACAUUGAAGAGUGGCAGCAGUGUUCCAGGACAUGUGGCGGGGGAACUCAGACCCGGAGAGUCACCUGUCGCCAGCUGUUAACGGAUGGCAGCUUUUUGAAUCUGUCAGAUGAACUGUGCCAAGGACCCAAGGCAUCGUCUCAUAAGUCGUGUGCGAGGACAGACUGCCCCCCACAGCUGACUGCUGGAAACUGGUCAAAGUGCUCUGUCACCUGCGGCGUUGGGUUCCAGAGAAGAAAGCAGGUGUGUCAAAGGCUGACCGCCAAAGGCCGGCGUGUUCCCCUGGGUGAGGUGCAGUGCAGGGGCCUGCCAGGGCUGCUCCUCGUGAGACCGUGCCAGAUGGCCGUGUGCCGCGAAGCAAAACUCGGGGCAAAGACAAGACUUGGAGAGCGGGGUCCCCAGAUCCUUGGUGUCCAGAGAGUGUAUAUUCAGACGAGGGAGGAGAAGCGGAUUAACCUGACCGUGGGCAGCCGAGCCUACCUGCUGCUUAAUACGUCUGUGAUCAUCAAGUGCCCUGUUCGGCGUUUCCAGAAAUCUCUGAUCCAGUGGGAGAAGGAUGGCCGUUGCCUGCAGAACUCUAAGCAGCUUGGCAUCACCAAGUCAGGCUCGCUGAAAAUCCACAGUCUUGCAGCCCCUGACAUCGGCGUGUACAGAUGCAUUGCCGGAUCUGCACAGGAAACGGUCGUUCUCAAGCUCAUCGGGACUGACAACAGACUCAUUGCACACCCGUCCCUCAGAGAGCACCUGCGGGGCCACCCUGGGGUAGACCACAAUGAAGCCAACAGUUUGGGAGCCACGUGGCAUAAAAUGCGCCAGAUGUGGAAUAACAAAAAUGAGCUUUACCUGCACGAUGGUGAAAUCAAUAACCAGCCUUUCUUGAGAGCUCUGUUGGGGCCAUGCAGGAACUCUGCAGGAAACGCUAACUUCUGGGAGUUCAAGAACAAGCAGUUUGAAGCAGCCAUGAAACAGGGAGCAUACAGCAUGGACGCCGCCCAAUUUGAUGAGCUUAUCAGAAACAUGAGCCAGCUUCUGGAGACAGGAGAGGCCAGCGAUGACCUAGCAUCCCAGAUGAUCUACCAGCUCGUCGCUGAGUUGGCCAAGGCUCAGCCCACGCCUGUCCAGUGGAGGAGCAUCCAUGAGAAAGCUGCCCCCGAAGCUCAGCUCAGAGGGCAGACAGGAAGAGUUCCUCAAAGCCCCUCAGUAAAAAACUCUGGCAAGCUGAUUUUUAAGCCAAAAGGACCUGUUAUCAGGAGGCAAACCCUACCCCCUUCAGUUUCCUUUAACAAGACAAUAACUGCAAGUAUUGGGAAUACAGUCUACAUUACAAAAAGCACAAAGGUCAUUAAUAUACUUUGCAAUCUUAUCACUCCCUGCAGCGAGGCCACGUAUACGUGGACUAAGGAUGGAGCAUUGCUGCAGCCCUCUGUGAAGGUCACUUUGGAUGAAACUGGGAGGAUGCGGAUACAGAAUCCUACAAGAAAAGAGCAAGGGAUCUAUGAAUGCUCCGUGGCCGAUCAUCUUGGCUCAGAUGUGGAAAGCUCAUUGGUGCUGUACGCAGAGGCACCUGUCAUCUUGUCUAUGGAAAGAAAUGUCACCAAACCGGAACACAACCAUCUGUAUGUCACUGUGGGAGGCACUGUGGAGGCAGCCCUUCAAGCAAAUGUGACAAUCCACUGUCCAGUAAAAGGUGUCCCUCAGCCUAAUGUAACUUGGUUGAAGAGAGGAGGAUCUCUGAGUGACAAUGUUUCCUUGCUUUUCAAUGGAUCCCUAUUGUUGCAGAAUGCUUCCCUUGAAAAUGAAGGAGCCUACAUUUGCACAGCCACCAAUGCUCUUGGGAAAGCAAUGGCCUCCUCUGUGCUCCACUUGCUGGAACGAAGAGGACAGGGCAGUAAGAAUGUGUUUCCUAAGGCACACAGAAGGCGAGUUCUUCAGGCAUCCAACAACAGAGCAAAGAACAACAACUCAACAGGAGAGCCUCUGCCUCAAGAACCUUUUUGGGAACCUGGUAACUGGACGCAUUGUUCUGCCACCUGUGGCCCCUUGGGAGUCCGCCUUCAGAGGCCCCAGUGCGUGACCACUAGUGGGCAGGAAGUGAAUGAAGCCCUUUGUGAUCCUCACAGGAAGCCGCUGGCUGGGUUUCAGCCCUGUAACACCCGGGAUUGCCCGGCAAGGUGGUUCACGAGUGUGUGGUCAGAGUGCUCUGUGUCUUGCGGUGACGGAUUUCACGGUCGGCAAGUGACAUGCAAGCAGACGAAAGCCAAUGGGACGGUACAGGCAGUGUCCCCCAGGGCAUGUGCUCCUAAAGACAGGCCUCUGGGGAGAAAACCGUGUUCUGCCCGACCAUGUGCUCAACAGGCCGUCGGCCCAGGAAACCAGUGUCCUGGACGUUGCGCGGGCCAUGCCUUGAGGAUCCAGCAGCACCACACUGUUUGCGCCCACAACAGCUCCAGCUUCAGCUGUGAGGGCAGAAGGAGACGUGCCUUCGGGAGAAACUGCACCUCGGGGUCCUGUGAGGCAUGUUGGCGUGUGGGGCCCUGGAAGCCCUGUUCAGCAGUCUGUGGCAGGGGCUUCCAGUCCCGCAGAGUCGACUGCAUUCACACAGCAAGCUGCACGCCUGUGGCUGACAGAUACUGUGUUCAGAUGAAGCCGGCUUCCUGGAGGCACUGCCUUGGGCCUUCCUGUGAUAGUACGUACCCCUCUCAGGAGACUGCAGAGACACAACUCACUACUGUGCGUUCGUAAAGCACCUUAAUCUGUGCUCUCUGGCCCUC